GCGUAACUCAAAAGCUAAAAGAGAAUUCAAGUUUUGAAUCCAAAGCUCGCUUCAUUCUUCACCCGCGUCUUCUUCACCGGAAUCACUCCGGCCGAGACUCAAGUUGAAAUUUCGAAACCUAAUCGGAUCCGAUGGAGAGCGAAGCAAACAGAAAACGCAUGAAACCUGAGAGUCGCGAGGUAGGAGAGGGAGGUGUAUCGGACUCGGAGAUGGCGCAGAGGGAAGAGUUUGCUGGAUCUGAAGAGGUGGAGCUUUCGAUCAGUCAGAUCCUUACGAAGAUCGACCGGUUCACUGAGAUGAUUUCAGAGCUGCUUGAUUCGGGGAAGGCGAUGUUUAAGAAGAUCAGUGAUGAGUAUGAGGAGAGAUUGAUCAUGAUUCACAAGGAGCAGAUGGAGAAAUGGCAGGAGGAGAUCAGGGAGUUGCGCGCGAUUGAUGUUUCGAAUGAGGAGGCUGGUGCUGUGCUGCACAAUGCUGCAUAUUUGCUUCAGAAUCCUCAUGUUGAUUCUUGAAGGUUUCCGAGCCAAAGAGUUUCAAGGAUUUUCAUUCAGAUGAUUUCAAAUGGAAGGUCACUGUCGCCAUUGAUGUAGGGAAGUUGCAACCUAAAGACCUAAUGCUAAGUAUUUUAGUUCAACUAAUUGCUGUCUUCUCAUGUAUAAACUAAUUUCUGUUUUGCUCUGGUAAACAUGUCCGAAUGGUAUGUGUUGGCAUUCAUCUAAGGUUUACCUCUGUAAGAAACGUGAUCAGUAGAUUCUGUCUUCCUAGCGAGUCUUUCCUCUGUAAGAGACGUGAUCAGUAAAUACAUAUGAAAUGGUGUCGUUCGUCUAAGAGUUGUUGGUGUUUAGAUUUGAUUACAGAGUCGAUGAAUGCAUAUUGUGAAUGAUAGUAAAAAAGACAUUUGAAUUCUUAGUUUCCUUGAAGUUGAAAAGGAAAAGAAUGAUGUUGGUAUUGACAGGCACGUAUAAGGAAGCUGUUCCUUCAAUCUGCCUAUGCCCUAUGGAUAUACUUGAUUAGGGGAAAGAGAGAUCUAUAACAGUAGGAUUGAAUAAUGCUUCUCUCGAUAUAAAGAACAUUUAACUGAUUUAAGUUUGUAUUUAUUUACAUAAUUAUACAAUAUAUUGGCAUUAUGAUUAAGAUCCUAUAUACAACCCCAUGGUAUAUGACUAAUUUGAUUCUUGUUGUGGCAAGCUCCAUUGUUACUGUCAUCUAUUUUAGUUACUGUCCAUCUGGGCUACCCUCACUGGAGCUUCCAUCUUGGCCACUCUCACUGGAGAUUUGGGCCACCCCUGCAGUCAUUCUCCUUCUCACAACCUCUGUUAUAGGUGUUGCUUGGUGGUGGCAUGCAGGGGUUC